CCGGAACCACAAGAGGCGUACAUCGGCGUCGAGCAACUCCAUGGAGCUGUGCCGACUACGUCACGUGCCCAGCUGGCUGCUGGUGCUCUCCCUGAUGGUGAACAGUGUGUUGCCGCAGUUGUUCCCGCUUCAGGCGUGUCCCUACAACGACCCCCGCCACAGCAUAUGCCGCUACCGAGCCCUAGCCUGUCCGGGCAAGCAGUUGCUACGUUCGGGAGGUGUGACCAAAGCACAGCAGGUUCACAUCGUGGACCUGCACAACCAGCUCAGGGCAUGGGUUGCGGGCGGAUUCCAGAGUGGCCUUCCAGCUGCUGCCAACAUGAGGGCGCUGACUUGGGACGAUGAACUGGCGACUGUUGCUCAGCGGUGGGCCGACCAGUGCACAGAUGGCCACGACAAGGAGAGGAGUGUCAGCCGUUUCCACGUGGGCCAGAACGUGGCGCUAGUCUGGACGUACGACUUCGAGGAUGACCUGCAUGACGAGCCCGACUGGGACUCCCAAGUCUACGCCUGGUACAACGAAGCCACAGAGUUCCACUUCAAGUCAGCCUCCAUCAGCCCCUUCAGCUUCAGCAAGAAGCUAGGACACUUCACUCAGCUCGUCUGGGCCGACACCUACAAGAUUGGCUGCGGCUAUGCCUACUAUCGCCAGGCUGUGCGGGGCCUGACAAAGAUCUACGUUUGCAACUACGGACCCGGAGGAAACAUCAUCGGAGGCGCCAUGUACGAACAGUCGCCGGUCCCCACGUGCAGGCCAGGCCUUGUGCCAGCCGCCGGCACCUACAGCGGGCUCUGCGACAAGGACCCGUACUACGUGGGUGACGACGAGAACGAGGACCUGGAGGACACGUUCGGCAGCACCGCUACCCACGUCCUGGCUCACAAUCCCUACCAGACGUCGUACCACACGUUGCUGCUGAACAACCCCGCCGUGCACGCCAUCUCGAGCCCCCUGCCGUCGUCGACCAACUAUUUCUUGCUGGGCCGCAUCCGCAGGACUUCACCCAAAAAGCAGGAACGGAACGCCACGAGAACUGCCGCCUGAGCAUCGUCGAAACUUGUAAUCGCA